AUGACGAAUCAGGGACGUCAACGUUGUCAAUUUCGAUUGCCGUCAGUGGGCUACGAUCUGUUUCGACCUCCGUUGACCUGUGACUUCUGUCGUGGAAUCCAGGGAAUCCCCCGAGUCACCCAUCUUUCCCCGCAAGACUUCCAGACAACGUAUGCGUACACGGGGAAGCCAGUGAUAGUGGAAGACGGGAUGAGGGAUUGGUCGGCUAUGGAGGUGUUUAACUUCACCUUCUUCAAGGGAAUCUACGAUGAGGGGCGGAGGCAUUCCGUUUUCAACUGUCAGUUCUUUCCCUACCAGACCGAAUUCAGAAGCCUCGAUGAGGUCUUUGACAUGGAUUUUAGCAGAGCCAACAUGACUCCCGGCUUUGUGCCCUGGUAUGUCGGAUGUUAUGCGUACACGGGGAAGCCGGUGAUAGUGGAAGACGGGAUGAGGGAUUGGUCGGCUAUGGAGGUGUUUAACUUCACCUUCUUCAAGGGAAUCUACGAUGAGGGGCGGAGGCAUUCCGUUUUCAACUGUCAGUUCUUUCCCUACCAGACCGAAUUCAGAAGCCUCGAUGAGGUCUUUGACAUGGAUUCUAGCAGAGCCAACAUGACUCCCGGCUUUGUGCCCUGGUAUGUCGGAUGGUGA